AUGGGUAAAGCUACGGGUGUGGUAACGACAACACGCAUUACACACGCAACACCUGCAGCUGCAUACGGGCACGCAGCGAGCAGAUAUUGGGAGAGCGACGAUAAAAUGCCUGAAGAUGCUAAAAGUGCUUGUCUUUUCGAACACGGUCAUCUUUCUUACGAUUCGGAUAGAGAUACAGGACCAAAUGGUGAGCCAUCAUUGGCAAAUAUGACAAGAAAAGCUAUCGAAAUUUUGAGAAAAAAUCCUCACGGAUAUUUUCUGAUGGUUGAAGGUGGAAGGAUCGAUCAUUCACAUCACUUUAAUAAUGCUCGCAGGGCAUUAACUGAUACUUUAGCAUUUGAAUAUUCUGUUGUCACUGCUCUCGAGAUGACAAAACCAGAGGACACGCUAAUUGUGGUCACUUCAGAUCAUUCGCACGUUUUCACUUUCGGUGGUUAUCCCAAGAGAGGAAAUCCAAUUUUUGGUGUAGAUGAUAAAGUAUCUGACGUUGACGGUAUGCCAUAUACCACCUUGUUAUAUUCGAAUGGACCAGGAUAUAAUAAGAAUCACCCGAAUGGCAGAGAAAAUAUAUCUGGAAUUAAUACGGGAGAUAAAAAUUACAUACAGCAGUCGGCAGUUCCUCGUAGAUGGGACACUCACGGUGGAGAAGACGUACCAGUUUACGCUCACGGACCCAUGUCUCAUCUAUUUCGAGGGGUGUUCGAACAGACGUACAUUCCGCAUGCGAUGGCCUACGCUGCGUGUAUAGGUCCAGAGAAAGAUAAUUGCCAAUUUAGAAUGGAAUCGCAUACAAAACGAAUCGAAGCGUGCAGACCAGCAGAACUAAGAAGCCAAGCUGGAAAAAAGUUUUCUAAUUUAUGGUUAAUGAUAAUGUUAUUGAGCAUCGUCGUUGGUACUUGACAUUGUUCGAGAAACGAAUAAAGUUUCUUGGAUAUUAAUUUAUUGAAGUAAUUUAAACUACAUCUGAAGUUUGAAACAGUUCUCGACAGUUUGAGUGUACAAAAGAAUACGAGCAUGAAGUAAAUUUCAUAGAAUGUGUAUUAUCAAAAGCUAUUUAACUGAAGAAUAAAUUAGUAAAGGCUGUAACACUCGAAAAAUUCGAGAGUUAAAAUGCAUCUGAAGAUUCAUUCCUUUAAGCUUCCAAUCGAUGAUGGGCCAACCUUUUUGUUUUUUAAUUGUAAAAAUACAUGAAGAUAAGAGCUGUCUAACGUCCGUAAAUUUUUUUGUGUGUAUCUGGAAAUUAGAAAAUGUAAAAAAAUUAAGUAUAAAAUAAAGAAAACAAGAAAAAAAGUUUUUCACCAAAUUUAUGUAUUUUUAAUCGUUUCAAAUGCAGAUUUAUGCCAGAACAUCAAACUUUUCUGUCACAGAAAAGAAUCGAGGGAAAUCUUCGACUUGAGAUCGCAAAUACACAAUACAAAACAAUACAUUAUUCGCUUAAAUACGCUUAUUCGGCUUAAAUACAUUAUUUUUUAAACGCGUAUAUAUACAGAAUAACUAAACAUUGACACUAUUAACUAGGGCCUCGUGUUACGAGUGCCUCAUAAGUUUACACGUUUCAUUAUUUGGUACCGGAGAAGGGCUUGUUACAUAUUACAUCUUAGGCUACAUCGAAUCUAAAUCCAGUCCUAGUCACUGUAUGAAAUAGACUAAACAAUAGGUAGAUUAGAUUGGAUUAUUUGUAUAAGGCACGUGGACGUGGACGAUCUGUCGAGUUGGGAGGCAUUUUAUAUGGAAAUCUGGUCCCUAUUUAGGUGUUACAAACGUGAAAAAACCGGAAGACCUCCACGUUGACCAGGAACGAACCCACGACCAACUAUCAGCAAUCAGUGGUGGGUACAAUAAUAAGUAGACCUAACGAAUGAUGGAGCGUGUUAUUAUAGGACAGUGUAAUUUUUCAAUGGUCUUUAUACUUAUUAAAAAGGUUGAUUAAUUAACAGAUAGAGCAAUUUGAUAAUUUACUGCGUGUCGUACAAAUGAAAACAAUAUGAGGAAGACCUUAAACUAAUUUAACUUUGCGUAGGAGAAUAAAAUAUCCUGUAUUUAUUCGAACGUUCUGUACAAAUAAGUACAAUCAAAUACGAAGGUAAAGGAAAAUUUUCGCUUAAAUUCCGUUCACAGUAAAAAAAUUCUGUAACACGUGUAUAAUAAAAUAUACCCAUUGCAUUCUAGUUUAAACUCUUUCCAAUUUUAACUUAAAAAGUAAGUAAUGCUUUCUAAUUUAUUACAUUUCUUAUUAAGUAGAAUUAUAUAUUUCAUACAAAUUUUAUAAAACGAAAUACUCUGAAUGUAUACAUAAUAUGCCUAAUUAAAAUAAUUGAUUGAAUAUGUGAUUCUGGCUGUGGCACCCAUAAAUUAGAGCCUGUAACCUAGUCUACUGAUCAGCCAAGGAUUGCGAACGAUGCAGUUGACGCUGCUGGCAAAUGAUUAUUCUCUACACACAGAACAUAUUUAUAAAGUGAUUGUUAUUUAUAAUUCGAAUAAUAAUACAAUAAUUUAUAAGAAAACAAUUACA